AUGGACAAAGUGGAUUCAAUAAUUCAAUCAAAUAUUAAAGAAAAUAACAAGCAUCAGCUUAUGUGUGAAAAUUCAUUUUGUGGCGAUUUUAGUGAUUCAGAAGCUGAUUUUUCAGAUGAUGCGUUGGUUGAUACACAUGAGAAGAGGAACCAAAGCAUUUUGGAAGAGAGGGAACUCCUUAGCGACGAAAUAAAAAGAAAGAUGGUUGAUAUAGAAGGGGAUCCUGAUUGUGUUGAUUCUGAAGACGUGCAGAGUUUGGAUAGUGAUUUUGAAACUGAAAGUUUCAACUUUCCUAAGUUCAAUCCAAAGACCGAUGGAGAUAACCCAGUAUUAGGUUUAGAAUAUACCUUUGGGACAAAGCAAGAAUUUAAGAAUGUUGUAGCAACUCAUGAGAUUAAGAAUGAAAAGUAUAUCCAGUGGAGUAGGAAUGAUAGUGUAAGAAUGGAGGCACGUUGCAUACAUCAUCCAGAGUGCAAAUGGAUAAUCAUGGCUUCUAGAAUGCAAAGAGACAAGGCUUUCCAGAUUAAAACUUACAAUCCCAUACAUACUUGUAAGGAGUGGCAUCAUGAAAAUAGAACAAUCACAUUAUAUUUCAUUGCAAGAAGAUACCUCAAAAAAAUUGGAUCAAAUCGGGACUGGAAAGUGGCUGAAUUUAGGGAUAGAGUAAGCGUUGAACUAAGAGCUCAAGUGACAUUAUCUCAAGCUAAAAGAGCUAAGAUGAAGGGUAUUGCAUUAAUUGAUGGUGACAUUAAAGAUCAAUAUAAAAUGAUGUGGGAUUAUUGCAAUGAAAUUGAUAGGACAAAUUCAGGUAGCACAGUUUACAUGAAGUUCACUGAUAACGAGAUUCCCAAUGAGCCAUGGAGAAUUUCAAAGAAUAUAUAUUUUUGGCAUGAUGGUAACAACAACAUAUUCCCUGUUGCCUAUGCAAUUGUAGAAAAGGAAAACAAAGAUACAUGGGCUUGGUUUUUGAAUCAUUUGGCGGCUGAUUUGAAUAUACAUGAGACGGGUUGGACCUUUACGUCAGACAAACAAAAAGGACUUAUUAAGGCUUUUAAUGAAGUUUUGCCUCAUGUUAACCAUAGGUUCUGUGUAAGACAUCUCCAUAACAAUUUCAAAAGGGCUAGGUUUGGCGGUAUCUCAUUAAAAGAAGUACUUUGGGUUGCUGCAAAGGCUACUACCAUGAGGAAAUUUAAUGAUUGUAUGACAGAUAUUUUAAAGUUGGAUCCUGAUGCUGCUUCUUGGUUAACUGAUAAAGAUCCUAGCGAAUGGUCUAUGUCGCAUUUCUCUUCAGAUGCUAAAUGUGACACCUUACUAAAUAAUUUGUGGGAAGUAUUUAAUAGCAUGAUACUUGAUGCUAGUGACAAGCCAAUUGUGACACUUUUAGAGAAAUUACGAUAUCUAAUCAUGGCUAGAAUGCUAGCUAAUAGGAAAAAAGCAGAGAAAUAG